AUGAAGGACAGAGACACCGUGAUUGACGAGUUUAAUAAUCUCGUGAAUAUGACUUCGACUGAGCUUCGGGAUUGGCUUGAAGAAGAGCAGUCACAGUCAUCGGGCUGGGAAGUUGGAUCCGGUGAGACUGUUGGCCACGAAAGUGUGCUAAAAGGUGAUCACAGUGGUCGAAUGAUAGCUCAAAUCCUCGAGCACAACCCUACUGAGAAUCCAUCCGAGUACAGCGAUCAAGACAUUGACCACAUGCGUCGCGUGGUGUCCUACUGCAAGAGACAUUUAGCGCAAGAGGAGCGGGCCAAGCACAACACGAGUAGCAAGAGUUACAGAUCGCUCAAAAACUGGGGACACGAUUCGCUCAAAGAGUAG